UUACAAACCUGAUCUGCUCAUAUCCAAAGUUUUAUCACCCGACCAAACAAACCAAAAGCAACACAAACAGAACUCAAUACACACUCUCUCUCUCUCUCUCUCUCUCUCUCUCUCUCUCUCAACCCAGCACCAAACUCAGCAAACUGCCACCGUUUUCUGAUUUCACCCUUACUUCUGCACCUCCCAGAUUUCCCAGAAUGGAGAGUUGUUUCAGCUUUGCACAGUGGCAAGAGCUUGAGUUGCAGACUCUGAUAUUCAGGUACAUGCUGGCCGGUGCUCCUGUUCCUCCUCAGCUGCUUCAACCAAUCAAGAAAAGCUUCCUUCAUUCCCCUCCCCCUUUCCUUCUUCAACUUUAUCACCCUCCUUUGUUGGAAUCAGGGUACUAUUGGGGAAGAGAAGCAGUGGAUCCGGAGCCAGGUCGGUGCAGGAGGACGGACGGGAAGAAGUGGCGGUGCUCGAGGGAGGCGGUGGAGGGUCAGAAGUACUGCGAGCGGCACAUGCAUCGUGGCCGAAACCGUUCAAGAAAGCCUGUGGAACAACCUCAUACAUCUUCUUCUUCUUCAUCCUCGGCUUCCUUCAAACAUCAUCUCCUUCACCACAAUCAAAUUUCCUCUGGGGCCAAGAGUGACAGUAAGAGCUUGUCUGAAAACCAUGAUCAUGUAGAUGGGAAUGGCAGAUCUGAUGGCCAUGUCCUGAGGCAUUUCUUCGAUGAUUGGCCAAGGACACUGCAAGAACAAGACCAUGGUGAAAGCAAUGGAAGCCAGAACAACAACACUGGAACAUAUCUUUCCAUGUCAACACAGGGAAUCACUUCCUCGGAUGUGUCACUGAGACUGUCCACUGGUCAUGCAGAGAAUACAUGUCACGUGGCUUCAGUGGGAGGACCACUCGCAGAGGCACUGAGAUCAUCCACCUCCACUUCUUCACCGACCAGUGUUCUCCUACAGUUGCCAACUAGUUCUGCUUGUAACACCAGCUUCAUUAGCACCUAAAAGUUGCUGGGGUUUGUGAGAAUUUUUGGGCAUGUAUGUGACAAAUACGGAGACACACUUAUAACUUUGGCAGAAUGAUAUCUGAAUAAGCAACUUUACCAUUUGUUCACCUGGUAAUAAAUAGUAAACAGACAUCUAAUAAUGAACUAUCAUUUUGUAGUUAGUUAGUUUAGCAUAUGUUGGCAUGAUCUUGUUUCUUUAA